AUGACCCCUCAGGGCUACCAGGCAGAUGAGCCAUGCUGGGCUACUGUGUUGCAGUUUCAGGCCCCAGGGGACUUGGUGUCAAUGGGGGCCAAAUCUGACGUACUCAUUUUCCAGCACUCCGACUUCAGGAAGUUGCCUCCCAGGGCAGAGGAAGUGGAUGGUCCCAGUGCCGAGCCUGGACCCAGCCCCAGGCAGCACAAGAAAGCCAAGAAAAGGAAGAGCAUGUCUGAUCUUACUGCCUCUGCAGGCAGCGCAGCAGGAGCUCUGUCCUCAGACACCCCAGGUGCAGACAGGAGACCACAGCGCCUGCGACCCUUAUACCAGUACAUCAACUAUGACAACCCGGAGAUGAACAGACUGUCGGAGGAGGAGGGGGACACACCAGAGACAGCUGCCCCAGGAGAGGCUACCACAGGGGUGGGGAAGGCAACAGCCGUGCUGGAGGAAUCUGGACAAACAGGUGAGAAGGGCAGUAACCCAGCAGCCUGCUCCUUGGGAACUCCAGCCCCAUCCGAGGUGGACAAGUCGACUCAAGUGGCCAUCGACAAGAUGCUCAGUGUCUGUGCAGCUCACUUGGUGCCUCCACUCUCACCACAGCAUAAAUAAUUGCACAGACUCAGGUUUCCCACUAUGUUAGCUCAGCAUAAAACAAACAUGGGAUGGGCUGUUGUCUGGCGCUAGAGCGAAUGCUUUAGGAAGCUGGCUGAGCACUCCUGGUAAAAGCUCCUUUUCUUUAUCAAAUACCAGGGCAUCUUCCCACCCCUGCUCAUUGUGGCUGGAGCUGAGUAUUUACAUUCAUGCCCUCAUUACUC